AUAUGCUUCGAUUGCUGGCACAACACGUGGCACAGCAAGGAGUACAUCGCCUUGACCUUGAACGUGCACACGGACAAACCUACUCCAGUCGUGUUAGACCUGAGAGAAAUACCAGACGGUACCAGUGAGAGCCUCAAGAUGGCGAUAGAUGAA